GGGGGGGGGAGCCUGGCUGAGCUCUAAUCCGAUUAGGAGCAGCUUAGGGGAUUGUCUUUUUCUGGCACCUGUUUUGUCACCCCUAAGGUGUCCUUGGUGACCCCAGGACUGGGAUUUAGCUAGAUGCUUGUUAGCCCUGGUCUCCCUGGGCUUCUCAGUGGCUCCCUAAGCAUCCUGGCCACAGCUACAUGCCUCUCUUGUCCCACAAGGGCAGGAACAGGCCAUAGGCCAAGGGCAUAGGGUCGGGCCUGCUUUAGAUGCAGGUACCUUGGGCUGCACUUCAGCUUAUGGGUCCUAACACUUGAGGUGGACACAAGACGUCAUCAGGAUGGAUUUCGGGUCCUUGGAGACUGUCGUGGCCAACUCUGCCUUCAUCGCUGCCCGUGGCAGCUUUGACGGAAGCAGCACCCCAUCUUCCCGGGACAAGAAGUAUCUGGCCAAGCUCCGGUUGCCCCCACUGUCCAAGUGCGAGAGUCUCCGUGACAGCCUCAGCCUGGAGUUUGAGAGCCUGUGCUCAGAGCAACCCAUUGGCAAGAGACUGUUCCAGCAGUUCCUGAAGGCAGAUGAGAGACACGUGCCAGCUCUGGAGCUCUGGAAGGACAUUGAGGACUACGACACGGCCGAUGGGGACCUGCGGCCUCAGAAGGCACAGGCCAUCCUGGCUGAGUACUUGGACCCACAGGCCGCACACUUCUGCAGCUUUCUGGACCAGGGCAUGGUGGCAAAGGUGAAGGAAGGGCCCACCGGGAGCCAGGAUGGCCUCUUCCAGCCUCUGCUGCAGGCCACCCUGGAUCACCUGAGCCAGGCCCCCUUCCAGGAGUACCUGGAAAGCCUGUACUUCCUGCGGUUCCUCCAGUGGAAAUGGCUGGAAGCCCAGCCCAUAGGUGAAGACUGGUUCUUGGACUUCAGGGUUCUGGGGAAAGGGGGCUUUGGGGAGGUGUCUGCCUGCCAAAUGAAGGCGACCGGCAAGAUGUACGCCUGCAAGAAGCUCAACAAGAAGCGGCUGAAGAAAAGGAAGGGCUACCAGGGUGCCAUCGUUGAGAAGCGGAUCCUGACCAAGGUGCACAGUAGGUUCAUUGUGUCUCUGGCCUACGCGUUCGAGACCAAGACUGACCUCUGUCUGGUGAUGACCAUCAUGAAUGGAGGUGACAUAAGGUACCACAUCUACAAUGUGGAUGAGGAGAACCCUGGCUUCCCAGAGCCCCGCGCGAUCUACUACACAGCGCAGAUCAUCAGUGGCCUGGAGCACCUGCAUCAGAGACGCAUCGUCUACCGCGACCUCAAGCCGGAGAACGUGCUGCUGGACAAUGACGGCAAUGUCCGAAUUUCUGACCUUGGAUUGGCUGUGGAGCUGAAUGAAGGGCAGGAUAAGACCAAGGGCUAUGCAGGGACCCCAGGUUUCAUGGCCCCUGAACUCCUCCGUGGGGAAGAAUAUGACUUCUCUGUGGACUACUUUGCCCUGGGGGUCACAUUGUACGAGAUGAUUGCAGCCAGAGGACCCUUCCGAGCCCGCGGAGAGAAGGUGGAGAACAAGGAACUUAAGCAGCGCAUCAUCUCAGAGCCCGUGAAGUACCCAGACAAGUUCAGCCAGGCCAGCAAAGACUUCUGCGAGGCACUGCUGGAGAAGGACCCAGAGAAGCGCCUGGGCUUCCGGGAUGGGACCUGUGAUGCCCUGAGGGCAAACAUCCUCUUCAAAGACAUCAGCUGGAGGCAGCUUGAAGCCGGGAUGCUGAUCCCUCCGUUCAUCCCAGACUCUAGGACUGUCUAUGCCAAGAACAUACAGGACGUGGGUGCCUUUUCCACAGUCAAGGGUGUGGUUUUUGAUAAAACUGACACAGAGUUCUUCCAAGAAUUUGCCUCUGGGAACUGCCCCAUUCCCUGGCAGGAGGAGAUGAUUGAGACUGGUAUUUUUGGGGACCUGAAUGUGUGGCGCCCAGAUGGUCAAAUGCCAGAUGACAUGAAGGGAAUCAACACGCAGGAGGCAGCCCCUACAGCCAAGUCGGGAAUGUGUCUCAUCUCCUAGCCAAGUGUCUGAGGAGAGCAGGGAGCUGCUUGUGUGCAGAGAGGAAACUGUACCGAGCUCAUGGGAAAAAUGCGACCCUGGUGUCAGCUCACGCUCACUCCACCCGGGUCACCAUGCAACUGUGUCUCCUUGUGGAGCAAGCGAGACCUUCUGUCUAUACCCUACAGACAUGGCAGUCCACCUCUUUUGUCCUAUUUCAUCCAGAAGAUAAAAAAAGGCCACCCCAGAUUGAACAGCAAGGAACAACUUCUCAAAGAACCGCUGUGUAUGUGUAUGGCCAGGAGCUUGGAUGCUUAGAACACAUUCAGCAUGGAUCUCCUAGUACCUUGAGUUAACAUUUCAGGGCAGGCCUGUUUGUUUCUGGUCAGUUCAGGGUUACAGGCACUCAUGCACCCCAAAGAGGGCUGUACUCUGGGGUCCACCCUGAACCUCUCCUUGCCUGGUUCCUGCCUCCUCAGCUGCCUUUACUGGGUCACCACCUGCUCCACGAACCCCAGUUUGGAGCUAGUGAAUCUUCAGGGAGUAGAAAGGCUAGAAGGACCUGGUCUUAGCUGAGAGUCAUUGUUUUCUCUCAAGAAUGGAGACAGCUACCUCAGACAGCUACGGUCUCUGUUCUCAGUCAACACCUCAUGUGGUAUAUACUCAAAUUGUCAUAGUCAUGUCACAUGUGGUAGGGAGCCCAAGUCUUUACAUGUUAAUGUCAUGUUUGAUGUAUGGCUGCGUCUUCACACAGUCAUUACACCUGUAGUGGGUGUCGUGUUCCUGGGCCAUCUUUGUGCCACCGCUCCCUCCUUGUUUAUGAGGGAAGGUGACCUAUAUGUACCCGGUCAUUUUGGAAUAUUGCUGGAUGAAGCCAGCACUGGACGGCAACACUGGACCAGCAUCCCCCCAGUUGUGUGAGGGUACAAGCAUCUGUCAAGAGCAUGUCACCAAUAAAACCCAGGCCAGCUGCACUGUGGAGGAUUCCAGAUGUUGCUAUAGAUGUGCCUAGCACACACGAUUUCCUGGGGACUAAUGCUGGAUGCUGAAGAAGUCUGUGCCAGGAUUCUGCUCUUCUCGGAGAAUCUGACACUGGAAUUGUGGGGUGCUCUGGAAGGAGCUUGAGGCUGUCUGUGCCCAUACCUUCUGGACCAUGGUCUGGAGCCUCCUGGAACCCGGUAGUCCUGUGGCUGAUUAGUGAUAAAGGCAAAUCCUCCAAAAUUCCCCCUCACUCCAUCCUGUAGAGCAUCUCACAUGUAUCAAGGGCUGUGUGCAUAUUUUAUUUCAUUAUGUUCUGGAGCUCAUUUUAACAUGCUCUUGGUUGAAGACCCCGGCAGUUUGGCUGUCUCAUCCUCAUCUUCACUGGGGUGGAGGAGUGGAAAAGGGUGGGUUUCCGCAGCCACAGCAGGUUCUGGGGAGGCCUAGUCCUUGUUAUACUAACUAUCAUCCCUGUUUGGCCUGCCCAGGCUCAUGGAGCUGAUGGUAGAACCUGUGUGAUGUCACAGGUUCCGUCCUAAGUCCUCCCUCUCCCUGGGCUACAGACAGAAGAGCAAGACAUCCAGUCCAGUUUAAAAUUCAGACAAAUAGUGAACACUUUCCCAGGGUAAGUAUGUCCCAGCAGUACUGGGGACAUACUUAUACUAAAACUUCAUAGUUUGUCUGGAAUUCAUAUUUAAUUGGAUGCUCUGUAGGUCUUUUUAAAAAUCUAAAUCUAGCCAGCCUAUUACAGACCCAUCAGCAAGCAGGGAUGAAAUUGGGAGCAAUGCUGCUUUGCUUUUCUGGGUCUCUUGGUCAAGGGAGGCCUCUUCUCACUCUCAUACGUAAGCUUGUGUGUCACUCAAAGAGACACAUUCCAAGGCUUGGUUAGUGAGCACAGACACCCAGCAGCCAUGUUCUUGGCUGUAUACACAGGACACUGCUAGCUUCAGCAGAGGGGCAGUGCUGAGUGGAGAAGGAUGAACUGCUUGCUCUGUGCUCUCUGGGUAGAGAUUUUAGCCAACUCCUCUUUCUCGAGGGUUCUUUGACCAGUUUAAGGGACCUCCACCGUAGGUGUUCUCUCAGAGGCAGUAACUUUCAGCUUAGAGAGCUCCCCCAUUCCCAUGGUCCCUCCUUACCCCUAGAGCUUAUAAACACCUAGGUCUGAGAGCUCAGGUCUUGCCUGGACACCGAUCCUAGGGAGCUGCAAGUCACCCACUGUGGUUCUGACGGUUGCCAGGCCCCCUUGGCUCUAACCUCCCAGAAGACAGAAGAAACAGUUGUCUUCUGUUGUCCCAGAAGACAACAACAUUACUAGUUGUAGGAUGUCUUGGAUGCUGAUAUGCAGGCCUGUGGUAGGGAAAGAACUUUUCCAUCCUCAAGAUGAGGAAAUGUCCCUAGGACCGGAAGCCCACCUGGAAGCCCUGUGAGAUAUAGAUUGUCUUAUACCCAGGUCACCAACAUGCUGAGAACUGCUUCACUUUUGGGCACUCAGAGAUACACCACUGUGGGGACAUUCAUUCUGCAACGAACUCUAAUAAUUCUUCACUCUCAGGAGGUUAGAAGUAGAGGAGGCACCUUAGACAGAGAGGACUCUGGGAGUUGGAGGUCAUCUAGAGAAGAGCAGGAUCCCACCAUGAACAGUAGGGCCAUGUCAGUUUUUGCAAUAUUGUAUUCAAACUGGGUUUGAUUUUUAUUCCUUUUUAUGGACUUUAUUGAUAAUUAUAACAAUAGUUAUCAUGGAUGGUGACAUUCUACAGCAGGCCCUGAAACUCUUCCCAAACCCAAAGUCAUAUCACAAGAGGUCUGGGAGGCUCAGUGCCCAAGUCUCUGGCUAUGGUUUGAUGAAGGUUUAGUGUGUGCCCAAAGCUCUGUGUUUUGGAAGUUGUACCUCUUGUGAGGUAAUGUAUGGGACCUUUAAGAGGUGGCGCAUAGGAGCCGGUCUUUGAGGGAGUGCUUUGGAAAGGCUUGGCUAUUUCUGUGGAUUUCUGUCUGGGCUGUAAGGGCGUGGGUUCCACUGCAGAUGUGAGUCUAACCUCUGAGCCCCACGGCCUCCUGUCUGUCUCCAUUUUAUUUUACAACUGUGUGUGCUCUCAGUGACUUCAUUGUGCCGAGGUCAAAAAAUGGGACCACUCAUCUUGGCUUUCCAGCUUCCAAACUAGGUUAAAUAAACCUCCUCACAAAUUA